AUGACCAACACCACACCCACAAUCUGCGCACACCGCAUCCUGCGGGUGCCUCGUUCUUUUGUCAAUGCAUCUUGGUCGGCCAAAGCUUCGACAUACAAUUACUAUACAUUGCAUGUAGAGCAGACGGGCUAUGCCGAGACAAAAGCAAAGACAAAACGUGAUGUACAUGACUGGCGCUCUCUUCUGUCUGACAUCGAUGCAUCUGGCCUGCAGCAAAUCGAGGCCAACCGACACGUCACAUCCAUACCCCUUGCCGUACUCGGACGGUACCAGCUUUGUAACGCAGCCCCUGGCCACUCCCCCAAUCCAGCGCCAAACAAAAACAAAACCAACACAUGCUGCGCUUGA